AUGAUUUUAAUGAUUGAUUUCUCCCCUGUCAAAUGCAGUCCAGUUUUAGGCCUCUUAGAAUAUUCUCAACUAUAUUCUUGUUCUCAUGCAGCUGAGAUAGCAUGGAAUAAAAUGAGGAAAGAGUGGAUUGGUGAUCAGUCAAAAAGACUACAACGACCAUCUAAAGAUUCAGCUAUAUGCCUGACAGCACGUUCAGACGACAUGCUUUUCUCUAGAGAACCUUUUUGUCCGCCUAUACCAUUACCUGCAAUGGUAGGCUAUUUUGUUAAAAUUUGGGAAGAGCAAGGUCUCUUUGAAAUAGCUAACAGCCAUGAAUGCUCUGAAGCUGCUUUAACAUGA